AUGUUUGUAAGAUUAGCAUCGAAUUUCAUGAGACAACCUAUAAUUAUGAAACAAUUUUCAAAAUAAUUGAGGUUUCUUCCAACCACAGCUAUACUCAAUAAUCACAAAUUGCUGAUCUACAAUCUAUCAUAAUUAAGAACAGAAUUCUUUUAGAUUGAAGAGUAGAAUGAUGAUGAUGACUUACUGUAAUUACUAUCUAUGAAUAGAAUAGAUAGGAAGAGGUUCCAGUACGUAGGACUAACUCAAACUAACUGAUUGAUUGA